AUGAGGCUUACUCCAGAUUAUGUAUCCAAAGCACCUUCACAUCUAAAUCCAUUGAAAGAGAGAGAGUUGGAAUUGAGAGGAUUGCAAAUACCUGUCAUUGAAAAUCUCGCAUCGCAUCAAGGUUCUUACGAUACGCUCAAUCUGACCGAUAACUCAAUAACGGUAUUAGGGAAUAUACCUCAUUCACCGAGAUUGACGAGUAUUCAUGCUGCACAAAAUCAAAUAACCAGUAUCAGUCCUUCGUUACCGCCUAACAUUCCAAACCUCGUAUCUCUAGUCCUCACGAAUAAUGUCAUAUCAUCUCUCGCUACUCUCCUCCCUUUAGAAACAUUGACCUCAUUACGGCAUUUAGUGUUGAAGGGGAAUCCUGUAACUCAGCAGGAACAUUACAAGGAGUUUGUAGUGUGGAAGGUGGCAAAGGGGAAAUUACAUACAUUAGAUUUUGAGCGAAUAAAAGAUUCUCUGAGAGAAUCAUCACGUAAAUUAUUAGUUGAUCCCUCUACGGAUCUACCUAAUUCAUUAGCACAUCAGUUAUCUAUCCCAACGACAUCAUCCAUCCAACAAUCCGCUUUCACAUCUUCAGUAAACAAACCUAUUGCAAAAGGUGGUAAAGGUAGAUUGAUGACUCCAGAUGAGAAGAGACGUGUAGUAGAAGCUUUAACAAGAGCCAAAACUUCAGAAGAAGUCAGGAAAUUGGAAAGAAUGUUGGCGGAUGGUAUAGUACCUGAAGGUGGAGUUGAUAGUGCUGUUGAAGGUGGUCAAGAAGAACAAGUCAAUGGAUCAUAG